AUGUCGUGGCCCCUACCCAGUGUUGUGUCGUGGAACACUGUGAUUUCGGUUUAUUCACGUGUGUGUUUGAUGGACAAGGCAAUGAGUUUGUUGAAAGAGAUGUUGGUUGUUGGUUCUGAACCAAAUGCGUCGACAGUGUGUCGAUACAUUGUUGUGUUAUCAAACUUGAAGUUGUGUGUUUUGAGUUGCGUGCAAUUAGGAGACUUUUUCUUAGCUUCAUCGGUUCACUCUCUUGUACUCAAAUGUGGGUGUGGUGAAGCGGAUUCCAUUCAAAAUUUGUUAAUGACUAUGUAUGCAAAUUGUGGUAACCUUAUAUUUGCUAGAAGGAUAUUUGAUGUGAUCGUUGGAAAAAGUGUUUUAUCAUGGACAUCGAUGAUUGUAGGAUAUGCUCGUUCAGGUCAUCCAUCAGAAACAUUGAAUCUAUUUAGAAGGACGGUUCAAACGUCUCUCAUACACAUGUACUCUAAAUGUGGUAGCAUCAAGAAAGCAACAGAAGUAUUUGACAGUGUCAAAGAUAAAGAUUUAACUGAUUGGACUUCCAUAAUAAAUAGUUAUGCCAUCCAUGGAAUGGGGGAUGAAGCUAUCAGCCUCUUCGAAAAAAUUACAACUUUAGAAGGGUUAAAACCGGAUGCCAUUGUUUAUACUAGACUUUUGCUUGCAUGUAGCCAUUCAGGAUUGAUAGAAGAUGGAUUAAAGUACUUCAAAAGUAUGCAAACUGAUUUCGGAAUAACUCAUAAGAUAGGACAUUAUACUUGUUUGGUAGAUCUUCUAGGGCGAGUCGGACAACUUGAACUACCUUUAGAUGCAAUUCAGGCGAUGUCGUUGGAAUUACAAGCACGAGCUUGGGGUUCGUUGCUUAGUGCUUGUAGGAUCCAUGGCAACAUUGAAUUGGGAGAGCUUGCGGCUAUCAAGUUAUUAGAACUUAGUCCAGGAAGUUCUAGAAGUUACGUAUUAAUGGCUAAUUUGUACACCUCAGUUGGAAAGUUUAUCAAGGCGAAUACAAUGCGAAACUUGAUCGAUGGUAAAAGCAUGGUUAAAGACUGUGGUUGGAGUCAGGUUCAAGUUAGUGGUUGA